CCAUAUUCCACACAGAAGAGAUUACUGUAGAUCGUGUUGCCUGAGCCCUAUACUGGGGCUGCGCAAGGCUACGUCUCCAGUUGUGGCGUAGCGCGAAAUUCUGCCACCACUUACCGCUCUAUUUUGUUUUCCAGUUCUCUUUCGCUCCUCCUUCACCCGGAAGUUCCCCAACUUCUCGACUACCCCACCCCCGUCUCCGCAUUCGUCCCACCGGCUCCUCAUGUGGCUGUCGCUGGCGGACUGGAGAUGCUCUAGUAUGUAUUACCGCUGGCUCGCAAGUUUGCACUCAGCUCACACUGCUCGCUCAGUCUACCUUUUAGAAUCCAGUACCGGCCCGCCCGACUGAUGAUGAUCGCCCAAGCCCGGCAGCUUACGAUGACUAAACCCCCUUCACUGUGCGAGCGUACAGCACAUGAUGGAACCUUUUUUCAAUUCACCCGCGGCCGAUUCCUCACCGACGAAGCCAGUGAAUUGGCCAAGAGGUACAUCCGUUUUGACAUUGAUGAGCUCGCUCGCUUAGCUGUUCGGGCUGCAGAGGCUGCAAGUAAUGGGCCGCGAACAUGUAUCAGCAUUGAAAAAAUGGCAGAUGGAAUGCACAAUAAGGCUAUACGCUUCACAAUGGACAAUGGGUUCCAAGCAGUGGGCAAAGUUCCGAAUCCGAAUGCUGGGCUUCCGCACUUAACCACUGCCUCGGAAGUCGCUACUAUGGACUUCAUGAGCAACGUCCUCGGUACGCCAGUUCCCAAAGUUCUUUCGUGGAGUUCUUCGACCGACAAUCCUGUUGCGGCGGAGUACAUCCUAAUGGAGAAUGCACGCGGCGUACCACUGAGUAGCCUGUGGGACAAACUUGGCGCGCCGGUUAAGUUCAAGGUGCUUGAAAAAGUCGCCUCCUACCAGGAGCUCUGGUCCCAGGUUUGCUUUUCGCAGUAUGGGAGUCUGUACUACCGAAGCGACCUUGACCAGUCAAGUCCCAACCUCCAGUACACGGAUAAAGAUGGGAAUCACGCCGUCGAUGAGAGGUUCGCUGUUGGGCCUUCGGUGAGUCGGCCGAAUGUCGAUGAUGGCAGGGCAAAGUUGGAUUUUGACCGAGGCCCCUGGGAUACCGUAGACGCUUAUGAACGGGCAACUGGAGAGCGCGAAGCUUAUUGUAUCAAAAGUAUGGAGCAAUUGCCACGAUCGCCCAUUGCUAUUCAUUAUUCGGGGACGUACCAGCCGUCGCGCGAGACAAAGCUUUUCGCGAUCGAGAGCUACCUCAAAGUGGUAAAUUUCUUACUACCUGAGGAUGAGGACAUAUCAGCGUCCUGCAUCUGGCAUGAUGACUUGCAUGUCGAGAAUGUCUUUGUCAAUCCAGAGGAUCCAUCAGAGAUAUACGCCUUCAUUGAUUGGCAAUCUACAGAACUCGCCCCGCUAUACCAUCACACCAUCGAACCGUAUAUCCUAGACUACAAUGGCCCAGCACUCGAAGGCCUCCUCGACCGACCGAAGCUCGCCGACGUCAAAGCGCUGUUCCAGGAUGAACACGACCAAGCAGUCGCAACCCGCAAAGCGGAGUCCUUAUUUACUAGCAUGUCUCUGCUCGCGCUUUACAGAUAUCUGCUGCACAAAACGAUACCCCAGUUGUUCAAGGCUCUCGAGUUCCGGCAGACAGACUGCUUCGACUUACUUCUGUUCGCACGGAACCUUCUUGUCGACGGCGAAGCUACCUACCUCGGACUCUUAGCCAAGCAGCAAGAGGAGAAUUGGGCUGGUGUCCCGAGGAUAUCGAGGACUGGAACAAAGGCACCGCUUACGUUCUCGCACGAUGUUCUCCGGAAGAUCAAAUGUGAUAGCGCAGGCGCUUCGGCAGCGAUGGCGCUGAUGGGAGACGUGCAGCGCAUGAUUGGCAGCCAGUAUUUCCAGGCCCGGGGAUUGGUGAGCCACGCGCAAUUCGCGGAGCUCGAACGAAUUCUCCCCAAGGCGAGAGAUGACUUUGUGCGGGCGCAUGCGCGCAACGAGAAAGAAGAGCUGGAGCUCUCUCGCGCGUGGCCGUUCGAUUUACCGGAUCGCGGUGCGCAAAGAAACGCAACAGCUUGAACCACCAAGGUCAUCUCAAGUGACAAAAUUAGCCUUGGGUCAAGGCAUCACUGGAACCAGAGCUGCUCUCUACCAAUCUAGAUGAAACGAUAUGACAAUUGGCUCGCGCCUGAAUAACGGUGAGAAGGAACGUCAACAGAUACAAGCACCAUACAUCAACAAUGACAUUAUCAGCCACUCGUAGCCGAAUCAAUCUUCUCUAGAAUUGGAUCCGUACUUCCAUCAUUCCUCAUUGUUGACCACAAGCGAUGAAGGACUAUACACAUAGUCCAGCUCUAUUAGGGCGAUAAAUUCCUCCUUUGUCAUCUCCCUGCUGUCCAGGAGUUCUUUCUUCUCCUCCAUCUUCUCCAAGGCUUCAUCGUACUUAUCCAACUCGUUCACCUUCCGUUCUGCGAAUGCCUCAAGCUCAUCUGCGUUGUCAAAGUCUUUCUCACGUCUAGCCCACUUGUCAACCCCCAAAUGUCGGCGCAGUUGUACAAAAGGAAAGCUACGAUGGUUGUUAAAGCUGAAUGAGAGGAGCAUGUGCAGCCACAUGGCUCCUGAUGCUUGCGACCACUUGACAAGACUGGAUAGCUCUCUGUCUUCGUGUCCUGGCAGUUUUGCCUCCUCCUCCUCCAAGACACGUAUGAAGAUUUCUAGGUAUUUGAAGUACCGGGUUGGGAUCCUGGGCAGUUCAUCACCCUUGCAGUCCCAUGCGCUGUUGACAGGCCUGUCUUGAAGAAGCCACCACAGUGCCGAGCCAAACAACUGAGCAGGUCCAAUAUAAGAGCACUCGAGGUCCACUACUCCAACAACAGUGACAUCCUCCCUACCAUGGACAAUCAAAUUUGCUAACCUGAGAUCAUCGCAAAUCAGUUUAAACUUGCAAUGGUCAUACUUUUCAUUGACAAAGUCACGUAUCAGACUUUUAAGGACCUUGAACGCCACAAAUUUGCUUUUAGCAUCGUAAAAACCAACAACUGAGUUCGGCUGGUGAAUGAGCUGCUCCCAGUCCUGCCCAAUGACAUAUUGAAAAUACUCAGUCGUGGUUGCAAACCCCUGGGCUCGGUCACCUAGACAUGAUUUGCUUAGAUUUCAUCACAGCAUUGAGGAUGAGAAAGGAGAAGGCAUACCAAAAGUGUCAACUCCUCCAUUUUGUAGAAUGCUAUGUGCCUUGAAUGUUAGCGGCUGUGGGAGUGUAUGGCGUUGUGAUUCAGGCUGCAGGUAAGGCAGGCUGCUAAUCCAGUCAAAAUCAAGCUUGAAAAGCUGAAGAAGGAAGUUCGCCAAUUGCCUGUAGAUAGCCUCAACCUCACUAUCACUGAUAUCCUCCUUCAUGGCUCUGCUAGGGCUCUCGGCAUUGGGGUCCUGGAGGAGGUCGCUAAGGCUCACUCCAUCAAUGAAGUCCAUCAUGAUAAACGGCCCGAGACCAAGAGGGUUGCUCGCAGCGGGACCCCACACUUGGAUUUUCAGCACGGGAAUGGUAGUCCUGCUGCGGAUGAUACUCAGGGCCGUCACCUCCAUGGCAACUUUCUCGUCGGCGUAGUUGUCACUGACCAUUCCCUUCCGUGGGAAACGAACCAUCCAGGCGGUGGCAUCACUGAAGAUCAUCUUCAUGCCGGCAUUAAAUGAACCAUGAUGAAAGGUACCGUCAAGUUGACAAGUUUGUCAGGAUGGAAAGUUGACGCCCACUGGCAGAGACGGCCAGUUAUGUGGGUCUCAUUUAUUUUGUCAACCCAAAGCUGCCCUGCACCCCAUGCACGAGAUCGACAAGUGCAUUAGUGUCCAUCACGUCGGAAAAGGCUUCAAUAGUUGUGAAGUACCGAGGAACACGAUUUUGUAAGUUGCUGAGAUUGUCAAGAGAAAUUCGAGGUGGACGAGGGGGCUGUAGUGUUUUAUGAUCAGCCACGCAGAAGAUCUAAGUGCCCG